CAGAUUGAGGUGAAUGACGCGAACCAGUUUAGGGUCGAAUGGACAGACGGUAGAAAUAUGGCGGGUGUCAAAAGCAAUAGCUUAGGCAAUCAUUCCAGUAAUAAAAUCUUUUGGAGACCGUCCGUACGAGGACCGGCGUUCAUUUUUAUCUGUGUACUGUUGGCCGAGCCCGGGCGAGCUACGACGCACUGGGUGGUGACGGAGGACGGCAAAAUCCAACAGCAGGUGGACUCCCCUCUUAACUUGAAACAUCCCCACCAUUUAGUUCUUUUCAUGCAACAAGAGACUCGUGUGAACUACCUCAAGAAGUUAGAGAAGCAACUAGUUGCUCAGAAGAUUCAUAUUGAAGAGAACGAGGACCGGGAUACUGGUUUAGAGCAGCGGCAUUACAAAGAAGAUGCUGACUGUGUCACAGCUAAGGUUCCUCUGGGAGACUUGGAUCUCUAUGAUGGCACUUUUAUAUCCCUGGAAAGCAAAGACAUUAAUCCAGCGGAUUUUUUGGAUCAGAUGUCACCUCUACCUACAGACCUGGAAAAACCUGACUGCACAAAAAUUCUCGAUCUCCCUUACAGCAUUCAUGCAUUUCAGCACCUCAGGGGUGUCCAAGAGAAGGUAAACCUAACAUCACCCUUGCUUUCAAAGGAUGACCCAAUCUUUGCCUCCCUGCCUCUCAAGCUGGGGCAGAGUAUGGAUGAGGUUGGGCAUCAGAUACACCAGGCCCUACUAAAAAAUUCCUCUUCAUGGGUGCUUUAUAACUUGGCCUCUUUCUAUUGGCGGAUAAAGAAUGAACCCAGGCGAACUGUGGAUUGUGUGGUCCGCGCCCUCCAUUUUUCUCCAAGGCAGCACAAAGACAUUGCUCUCGUCAAUAUGGCGAACGUACUUCACCAAGCACACUUCUCAGCUGACGCAGCCAUCCUUGCCCAUGCGGCUCUGGAUCUCACCACAGAUCUGCUAACCAGCCAUUACACCCUGGGCAACAUUUACGCUAUGUUGGGGGAGUAUAAUCACUCGGUGCUGUGCUAUGAGCAGGCCCUGCAGGCUCAGCCAGGCUUUGAACAAGCCCUGAGGAGGAAACAUGCCGUCUUAUGUCAGCAAAAGCUGGAGCAGCGGCUUGAGGCUCAGCACCGGUCUUUGCAACGCACCCUGAAUGAACUGAAGGAGUACCAGAAGCAACACGAUCAUUACCUGCGGCAGCAGGAGAUGCUGGACAAGCACAAGCUCAUUCAGGAGGAGCAAAUCCUGAGAAACAUCAUUCACGAGACCCAGAUGGCUAAAGAAGCACAACUUGGAAAUCACCAAAUGUGUCAUAUGGGCCAGCAGAAGUUCACCCUGCACUGCCCUUUUGAUUUGCCUGUACGGUAUCAUCGUGGAGAAGUGUUUGAAAAUGUACACUACAUUCAGUUCGGUGAGGAGGUGUCAAUAGCCAACAGUGUUGCUCUGGUGUCCGAGUUGAGUGUGAAUGAGAGUCACAGUCCUCAGCAGUCCUACACUGUGUCCUUAGGACGGGAACCUGCAGCCCACUGGGACAAGAAGAUCACCUCUACUGAUGAGAGUCAGACGGUGCUGUGGCCCAGGAGGUCUGACUGUGCACAGCGAUUCCCCACGAUCCCUCCUGUGCACCUACUUCCCACCUAUUACCUGGUCCCUGAGUCCCGCAACUUUAAGGCUCUGAAUAACCUCUUGGACAGCAAAAGUCCUCCACCAGCAGAAAAGACACCAGACUGUAGCUUUAAAAGUCUUGUCACCGCUAGAGACCCGCUGGACUCUCUGGCCUGGGCAUUGGAGAAGGAGCGGCCUGAUCCACAUGCUGCCGAGGUGCUGCUGAAGCGCAGUGGUGGGAGGAGUUUGGAGCAAACUGGAGCACUGAUUGCUCAGGCUCUGGACAAGAUGAAUGGACCGCUGUGGUUGAUGCAGAAUGAGGCAGGUCUUUUCUGGCGUGCUAAAGGAAACGGCUCACAAGCUUUGCUGUGUCUGCGUCAGGCGCUCCAUUCUUCCCCUCCUCAGCACAGAGACAUGCCUCUGGUCAACACUGCCAACCUGCUGCUGCACUACGGCCUGCAUGAAGAGGCUCAUGAUCUGCUGCAACAGGCCCUGCAGAUCAACCGCUCUGAGCCUCACACCCUGUUAAGUCUGGUCAACGUUCACCUCUGUCAGGGUAACCUGUCUGGCGCUCUGGCAGUGUUUCGUCGGGCCCUGACUCUCACGGUUCACUGUCCGCAGUGUCGUGCCAGCCUGCCUCUAAUGCGCUGUCUCCAGUUUUACCCCUUUCUUUAUAAUCUCCAGCACCAGUCCUGUCCAUCUGGCUCUGGCUGUGAGGCAGAGGAAGACUCUGAGCUGGAGGACUGGGACUCAGGCAGCAGCGGCAGGCAGGAGGCCUGGGACACUGAUGCCAUGCCUGUUUCUGCUUUAGAAGACUCUCUCCUCUUUGAGAAGGUGGUGGUGGACAGUAACGGCUCAGGGGAGGCGAGUGGGCAGGAGAGAGGCCGAGACCAAAAGGCCGAGGGGGUGGAGGAAGAGGAACAGGACUGGCGUCUGAGAGAGGAGCUGAUAGGAGCGUUUGAGGGGGCUCUGGACAUGAACGGGAAGACAGGGGACCUACGGGGUAUCCGCGUGCUGAAAAACGACAGGGUCAUGGGGGCAAGAGGGGGAGGACCCUGCUUUGGCAACUGUGAGGAUGAUGAGGGAGCUGAAUGGAUAACAUUCCAGGUGAAACGUGUGAAAAAGCCCAAAACCGAUACCUCAGAGGGUUGGGUGGGAGAUGGAGAUGUUCGUCAGAGUGAACCGACAUCAAGCAACUCCAUCCUUGAGAUCAGUGGGCCCACAAUCCCCUCACCUGGACCCUCAGAGCGAUGGAAGGACUACAGCAGCCUGGGUUGGCCCGGUCCUGAGGAAUGUCAGCGCACGCGUCGUGUGGACCUCACAACUGUGGCUAGUACCUGGUUGGCUGUGUCUGCCAAGAACAUAGAUAUCACAGAGCAUAUAGAUUUUGCCACUCCACUUCAGGAACCUGCGGUGGAGCCUGUGUGCAAUGCCAACCUCCCUGCCAGUAUGCACACACUGGACCAUCUGAGUGGUGUGGCCAACCGCGGAGGCAUUCACUAUACUGGAGAGAGUCAGCUCAGAGAGGUGUUGCAGAAUCUGGGAAAAGAUAAAUUUCCCUCACUGUCUUUUGAACAAGUGGGGACACGUAUUGCUAAGGUGUUGGAAAAGAAUCAGACGUCCUGGGUUCUGUCCAGCAUGGCAGCAUUGUACUGGAGGGUGAAAGGUCAGGGAAAGAGAGCCAUCGACUGCCUCCGCCAGGCUCUCAACUACGCUCCUCACCAAAUGAAGGAUGUGCCUCUCAUCAGCCUUGCCAACAUCUUCCAAAAUGCGAGGCUAUGGGGGGACGCCCUAACUGUGGCGCGCAUGGCAGUGGAAAUUGCUCCUCACUUUGUUGUUAAUCAUUUUACUCUGGCAAACGUCUACAUAGCUAUGGAGGAGUUUGAGAAGGCCAUGCAUUGGUAUGAGUCGACUCUAAAACUCCAGCCAGAAUUUGGGCCAGCCAAAGACCGUCUGCGUACCAUCCAGUGCUACCUCCUCUCCAAGAGGGACCGGCGAGCUCCCUGAAAACACACACACACACACACACACACACACAUAUAUAACUUGAACAUGCUCCUUAAUCUUAGAUAUCAGUGAGGAACAGAGUGUUUGUCUAUUUGUUGUCUUAAUUUCAUGUUUAAACCAUACCAUUACUGUCUAUAAGGUUGACUUUCAAUUGAGCAAUGAAAACGGUUUAAUUUUUUCAGAUAUUUAAGAAAAUUUUAUAAUGUUAUAUGGCUUAAGGGUUGUUUGAUUCUUUUACUUUUUAGUGAAACAUCCUGAUAUUUCUAAAAAGGGAUAUUUUUUCUGGGGUUGAGAGUCAACAUUUUUUUUUGCAAUAAUACAAUGAAUCUUUUAGUCCCACCAUAUCCAUAAGUCUCUCUCUCUCAGCAAUAGCUGCUAGGUAUAUAAAGGGUGUCUUAAAAUGUUUUUUCAGAUUACAGAUUGUUAAAAGAAACACUAUAAUCCUUUCUUUUACACAUCCAAUUAGUUAUUGCUAAUGUUAACAAUUCAGACCAUUACCUCUUGCUGUUAUCUAGGCUUGUAUACUCAGAGGAUUUCCUUGUAUCUGCCAUCAAAGCAGGCUGAAGCAUCUUGUACGUCCUCCUGUUGCUUUUUUAGCUAAAAUAUCCACUACUGCAAACAUGUGGAGAGGAGAGUUUCCCCUGAUCGUUUACUGCACUGCUUUCAAACUACUGUUAUAGCUGACAUGGAAACAAUCUUUAACGUUCAGGCUGAAGACAGAGCCAUUGGCAAUAUUUAAACUAAGCAAAAGAUCAAUAACAAUGUGGUUUGUGUUUUUAACAGCAUAUUUAUUGUCGGUUUUUUUUUUUUUUUUUUUUUAAGAGACCUUCAAUACGAAGAUUUUGCUCAACGUUAUAUAAUACACUUCCAAUCACUUUACUUUUCACAGCUGAGCUGUUGACUCUUAAGUUUUAAACUGUAUUGUUCUAUGUAUAAUAAUUGGAAAGUCAAGAUUUUUUUUUUUUUUCUGGUCCAUAGUCUACAAUAUGUGAAAGCAUCAAAAAUUAAAUUGGAAAUGGACACAAGCUUUUUAAAGACAUGUUUAUGAUUGUUUUCUAAUUAAUUACCUAAAUUAAACUUGAAUCACACAUUCAGUAUUGUUAAGCAAAAAAUAAUAUCAUUGUGUCCCCUGUAAAGCGUUUACCCCAGCAACCUUGUGAAUGGGUCACAUUAUAAAAUGUUUCACCCAAUCAGCCAACCCCUUGAAAAUUUCUAGCUUUAAAUUAAUAAAAAGCGCUGUUGGGAUGCAG